AUGUACUCAACAUUUCUCCUAGCAGGACUAGUUGCAUUAGCAAAAGCUCAUGGCGUAAUUCUCGCUGCUCAGGGCCUUCCGGGCUCUCCCGCGAGCGUUGGAUUCCAAGUUGAUGCCGCUCUGGCACGUAACUGCACAGGCAUUAGUCCUUGCCAACAAGAUACAACCAUUAUCCGUGACUCGGAGAUCGCGGCAAAUAUUGUCAACGAAUGUGGCCGUACAGAACUGACGGGUAAUAUCGAUGUGGGAGAGAACACAGAGAAUGCACUCGCUGCAGGCGCCGUCACUCAAGUCAAAGCGGGUACCAAGAUGACAGUCACAAUCCAUCAAGUCAACGCAGACGGCGCGGGACCAUACACUUGUGAUCUCGAUCAAACUAGCAAUGCCGGCAUAAUUUCACAGAACCUUACGGUUACGAACAAUAUCCCCGGAGUAAACGGUCUCUCCCAGGCCAAAGAACAAGAUUUCAACAUUACUGUUGAGAUGCCAUCUAACCUCGCGUGCACCGGUGCAUCGACUGGGAAUGUCUGUACUGUCCGUUGCCGGAAUAACGCUCUUGCUGGUCCCUUCGGCGGCUGUUUCGCUGUUCAACAGACGGACGUAACGCCAUCUACUAACUCAGCCGACCAAAUCACAACAUCCCAAUCGCUAGACGCUAUCAACAAACAGAUCGCACAAAACCAGCUUGAUCUUCCUGCUGCCAUUGCUGCGAACCAGAUUGCUGGUGGAACAGAAGCUGAACAAGGCGUCGCUGCCAUCUCUGGUGAGUGCUAUCAUCUUUGUUUAUAUCAACCUUCUCACCUUUCCUGGUUUCGGACAGUGUGCGCUAACAUGAUUUCUCCUGUCAUUAUAGCACUUCUCGGACUCACUGUAACGUCAAAAGCCGCCCCAGUGCAAACCAUUGCCGCCAACUCUGGUGGUGCGGCGGCGGCGGCGGUAGCUGCGACUACACCAGCCGCUGGCAAUUCAGCUGCAACGGCCGCGGCAUCUCCUAACAAGGGGUCUACUCAUACAGCACCAAAUGGCAAGGGAAAGAGCAAUAACCAAGCAAGAUCUAUGAAGUGGGCGAAAAGGAUUGUGUUUGGUGAUUUGGAGUCGGUUGAUCUGGGUAACUAACUGAUUGCGCAGAGUGUGGUCGUGGAUCGUACUGGAUGGAUCGUAGUGAGAUUUGGCCAUCAGAUGCAGAUAUUCCGUGUAUGAAUCCUUGCCUGAGUGUAGACAUGUGUCAAAUAAUUGACUUCUGGGAAUGCUAAACGUG